AUGCAAUAUCUUGACAAGAAAUGCUGGGGUUUAAAUGUUGUUGUUAAGUUGGAUAUGAUGAAGGCUUUCGACAGGGUAUCCUGGCCUUUUUUGCAAGCUGUCUUAUUUAAACUGGGCUUCCCGGCAAUGUUUGUGAAUGUGGUGAUGCGUAAUCUGGAAGCAACGAAGCUAUCAGUUUUGGUUAAUGGGGUGAGUUGUGGAUUCUUUCAGCCGACUAGAGGCGUCAAGCAAGGCGACCCGCUAUCUCCUCUCUUAUUUAUUCUGGCCUCGGAGGCUCUAUCGCGCUCCCUAAUUUUAAAGAUGGGAGUAGGGUCGUUGUCUCCUUAUGCCACGCACCUAGACUGCCCCGUAAUAACCCACCUUGCUUUUGCCGACGACAUAGUCAUUUUUGUCAAUGGCUCAUCGGCCUCCCUAAAGGCCCUUGCAGAUGUUCUUGAUCUUUAUCAGCAAGGAUCAGGACAAAAAAUUAAUUUCCAUAAGAGCUUUUUUGUUACUUCCAGGAGAUGCCCAACUGCUAGGGGCAGUAAUAUGUCGAGAAUUUUGGGAAUGCAACAAUCCUCGUUGCCGUUCCGAUAUCUUGGUGUCAGCCUUUUUAAAGGAAGGAAUCGGCCUCUCUAUUAUCAGCAUCUCUUUGAAAAGGUCGACACGCGUCUCCAGAGCUGGCAGAGAAAGCUGUUAUCGCCGGGAGGCCAGCUAAUUUUGAUUCGUCAUAUUUUGUCUUCAAUCCCGUUGUUUACUAUUGCGUCGGUUCUCUUGCCUAGACAGACAGAACGCUCUCUUGAAACAAAAUUUGCAAAUUUCUUCUGGGGAGUGGACAAUGGUAAGCCAAAGCAGCACUGGGCUUCCUGGAGGAAGCUAUGUUAUCCCGAAGAUGAGGGGGGCCUAGGAAUUCGUUCAAUCGACACAAUCCAGAAGGCUGCCUCCGCGAAGCUGUUGUUCAAUUUGCUUCGAGGGGGGUCUUUGUGGUGUGAUUUUCUAGAGUCCUUGUACCUUAAUCGUCCUAGUUUGGCUCCCUCACUCACUUGGAAGAGGAUGCAGCAGGCACAUGACUUUGUGGAUAUUAACGUUGUUUACAAAGGUGAUUUGGUGGUCUGGUCGCUGGCUCCUUAUGGUGAUUUUACUACUGCAUCGGCAUAUGAAGCCCUCAGGCCGAAGGCAGGCAGAAGCUUAUCGGCGCGCUGCAUUUGGGGAGAUGGGGUGCCCUCAGAAAUCUCAAUCUUCAUGUGGCGGCUCCUACGCCAAUUUUUGCCUUUCCCAGAUGUCAUUCAAAAUUUUGGUGUUUGCCUUCCUUCCAUCUGUCCUCUUUGUUCAAAUGCCUCAGCGGAUCUUAGUCACUGUUUGCUCGCCUGCCCAGUUGCCCAGCAGGUUUGGAGACACUUUCGCAAUCUUUUUGGUUUGGGAAAUCCUACUGCUGAUUCAAUAAGAGUUGAAUGUCAUUCUUGGUGGCUGUUUGCGGUUUCGGGAUCGGCGACGGCUUGGUGCGCAAACUUAAUACCGAGCCUUGCACUAUGGACCUUAUGGUGUUCUUACAACCAGGGCCUUCAUGAUGGCCGAGCUCCACCUGCAGUAGAAAUCGUUAGGCGUGUUAAACGCGACUUGCUGGCUAUCUCCACCACCCGUAAGCUUAAGUGA